AUGAAUACUGAUCAGGUUACCCUGGUGGGCCAGGUAUUUGAAUCCUAUGUGUCGGAAUACCAUAAGAAUGAUAUCCUUCAAAUCUUGAAGGAAAAAGAUGAAGAUGCUCAUUACCCAGUGGUGGUUAAUGCCAUGACCCUUUUUGAAACCAACAUGGAAAUUGGGGAAUAUUUCAACGUGUUCCCCAAUGAGGUGCUGACUGUUUUUGACAGUGCAUUGCGAAGGUCUGCCUUGUCGAUACUUCAGUCCCUUUCUCAGCCUGAGGAUGUCUCCAUGAAGCAAAAUCUUCAUGCUAGGAUAUCAGGGUUGCCCAUCUGCCCCGAGCUGGUGAGGGAGCACAUCCCUAAGACCAAGGAUGUGGGGCACUUUUUGUCUGUCACAGGGACCGUGAUUCGAACAAGCCUCGUGAAGGUGCUGGAGUUUGAACGGGACUACAUGUGUAACAAAUGCAAGCAUGUCUUUGUGGUCAAGGCUGACUUUGAGCAGUAUUACACCUUCUGCAGGCCAUCCUCCUGCCCCAGCCUGGAGGGCUGUGACUCCGCUAAGUUCACUUGCCUCUCGGGCGUGUCUUCUUCUCCAGCUGUGUGCAGAGAUUAUCAGGAAAUCAAGAUCCAGGAACAGGUCCAAAGGCUAUCUGUUGGAAGUAUUCCACGAUCCAUGAAGGUUAUCUUGGAGGAUGAUUUAGUGGACAGCUGCAAAUCUGGGGACGACCUCACUAUUUAUGGGGUUGUAAUGCAGCGGUGGAAGUCCUUCCAACAGGAUGUGCGUUGUGAAGUGGAGAUAGUUUUAAAGGCCAAUUACGUCCAAGUAAAUAAUGAACAGUCCGCGGCGAGUAUCGUGGAUGAGGAGGUCCGAAAGGAAUUUGAAGAUUUUUGGGAAAGCUAUACGAGCAAUCCUUUGGCAGGCCGGAAUGAAAUACUGGCCAGCUUGUGCCCGCAAGUCUUUGGGAUGUAUCUCGUCAAGCUUGCUGUGGCCAUGGUGCUGGCUGGUGGGAUUCAAAGGACCGAUGCCACAGGGACACGUGUCAGAGGUGAAUCACAUCUCCUACUGGUUGGAGAUCCUGGCACAGGGAAGUCUCAAUUCCUCAAAUACGCAGCUAAGAUUACACCAAGAUCUGUGCUUACCACCGGAAUCGGCUCUACAAGUGCAGGCCUGACAGUAACUGCUGUAAAGGACUCUGGAGAGUGGAAUUUGGAGGCUGGAGCAUUAGUACUUGCAGAUUCUGGUCUUUGCUGUAUCGACGAGUUCAAUAGCCUCAAGGAGCAUGAUAGAACCAGUAUCCAUGAAGCAAUGGAGCAACAAACCAUAAGUGUUGCAAAAGCUGGUCUCGUGUGCAAGCUUAACACAAGAACCACGAUUCUGGCAGCAACUAAUCCGAAAGGCCAGUAUGACCCCCACGAGUCUGUGUCUGUGAACAUCGCGCUGGGUAGCCCUCUCCUAAGCCGAUUUGACCUGAUUCUUGUUUUGCUUGAUACCAAGAAUGAAGACUGGGAUCGGGUCAUUUCCUCCUUUAUCUUAGAAAACAAAGGUUACCCAAGCACUUCCGAGAAGCUCUGGAGCAUGGAAAAGAUGAAAACCUACUUCUGCCUCAUUAGGAAUCUGCAGCCCACGCUGUCUGACGUGGGCAAUCAAGUUCUUCUCCGGUACUACCAGAUGCAACGGCAGAGUGAUUCCCGGAACGCAGCCCGCACGACCAUCCGCCUGCUGGAGAGCUUGAUACGAUUAGCAGAAGCUCACGCUCGCCUGAUGUUUCGGGACACCGUGACUCUGGAAGACGCUAUUACAGCGGUGACAGUAAUGGAGUCCUCAAUGCAGGGAGGUGCACUGCUCGGCGGCGUGAAUGCACUCCACACUGCCUUUCCUGACAACCCUGUGGAGCAGUACCAGAGGCAAUGCGAGCUGAUUCUGGAAAAGCUCGAGCUGCAGAACCUCUUGAGUGAAGAACUAAGAAGGCUUGAAAGGCUACAGAAUCAGAGUGGGCCCCAGUCUCAGCCAGAGCCAGAGGAGGUGGACACCCCUCCAGAAUCCUUGAGAAAUGAGCCAGGGGAAGAGCUGGAGUUCCGAACUUCCACAAAGCAGGAAAUCAACUGUAGCAUGCUUACCUCCUCUCCUGGAGGCAGUUCUGGGGGAACCCUACUUCUAAAUCUCCCACCCCAUCUGGGGCCAAGCAGAUCCACACGUGAAAGUCACCGAGCUGAGCCCCUGAGAAGCAGAGACAACGGUACACACUGGUGUGCCUCCAUGGCGCCUCCCCAGACUGAGCUGGAAACCGUGGCUCAUGUGUCUCCCAGGCCCAAAGCAACUGAGAAAGAAAUGGCUUCGAAACUGCCCAACAACAGAUCGCAGGGCGAGGAAAAGCGUGGCCCCGGCCGAAGGAGCAAAUCAGAAGGUGGACAGCUUCCUGCACCAGGAAAGGCAGACACACCAUCGAGGCCAGACAAGACUUUUCAUGCUCGGGGAGAAAAGGCAGCAAUGGUUUCUGAAGUAGCGGUACCUGCAGGUGAGCCAGACCCAGUACCGCCUCAGCACGCCCCGAAGAAUCUGCUUGAGCUGCACUCGCAGCACUGCCAAGAUCCUGCCAGGGAGCCCUCCCCGCUGUCUCGCCCUCAGAGCCGAGAAGGAACACGGGAGACUCCCAAAAGAAAGAGACAGAAAUCCCUUGCUCAAGUCGAAGAGCCCCAACUUGAUGGGGAUGAGAGUCCAGGUCCCACUGUGGCCAAACUGGCGAAAUUUACUUUCAAACAGAAGUCAAAACUGACCCACUCCCCAGAAGACGGCAGCCGUAUGUCUCCUAGCACAGCCAAAGUUCCAGGUCCUGGUCCUACGAUGCCCCCGCCCAGAGCAAGAAGGGAAGCAGCUCUGCCGGGGAAGGCCCCAGAGAAGCUGAGAGCUUCCCGGGAAAGCACCCGCUCGGGUCCGGGGCAGAGUACAGGCGAGGAGGCUUCACAGCAGCCCCCUGGGAAAGGGGGCUCGAUAGAGAGGAGGGAUUGUGCCCUGAAAAAGAGAGUUAUUCAGAGUGAGCUGGGGGGUCAAACGGGGUCGGCUCGUCUUACGAGUCAGAGCGAGAAGGAAGAGGAUGCUUGCAAACACAAAAGCGGCAAGGUUCAUGCUGGCACAUUAGCCAAACUGGCAAACUUCUCCUUCUCACCCGCCUCUGGCUCCAAAUCCCAGGACCCCCCUACUCCGCCUGCAGAGAAGAACGGGCUUGAGUCAGGAGGCCUGAGCCCGCCUCCUGCAGCCGCGGCCGCAGCGCCUGGCCGGAAGAGGAGGACUUUCCAGUUCGGAGGAGCCGCCGGCAACCUCACGGCUUCCAGAAACCCUCUCUUCACGUUGCCAGAGCUAGAGGAUGACGCCCUGGAUUUCGACUGGGACGACGAGAUCAGAAGGAGGCCGUAAUCAGAGACCCUUCUGGUCUAAUGUCGGCGCCCCCAGUGCGCGCCUUCGGGAUACCAGCGUGCAUUCUUGGCCACAUCAAAUGCCAGUCUGAGCACGAGGCCUCCCCGCCCCACUCAGGUUCAUCCUCGGUGUUGUAUUUCAGGUGUGUCUUCCUGACUUUUAUAACUUGUAUGAAUGCUGUCAGUCAUUGUGGAACCAGCACUUGAGUUGAAAUAGUUGACACUGCUCAGUUUUGUAAGCAAGGAGUUCUAUUUUCCCAAAGAUGUUUGUUUUGGGCACGGGUGUCGGUCCUGGAUUCCGGACUUUAUUCACUCCGAAAAUAAGGCCACAAAAGUAGCACUCCGAAAGCUUACAAGACAAGUGAACUUUUUAUAAUAUUUUUUGUGUGUUUUCCGCUGGGGGGUGCCCUGCAGAGAAUAGCGCACAUUAUCGUUCGGGAUGCUUUGCCAAAAAUCGUGUGAUUGUUCUAACGUUCUUUUUGUCUGUCUUUUCCUGCAUCCGCUUAAGUGUGACCUUCCUCUCUUUCACUGAGUGGCAUCUUCACGAUUCACGCAGUCUGACGAGUG